CACGAACCCCUUCUUCACGUCUGGCAAUCCUUUCGCGAGGGAACCUCGAACCUCGAGGACGAUCUCUAUCACGAGCGAAGUACCAGCUCAGAGCACACGCGCAAGCUUCAGCAAUCACUUGUCGAGAAACUUUUCGAAAAAGUUGUCUACGAUCGCGAUACCAGAAGAUGGCGUAGUUUCACAAGAUCAAAGCUUCGUGGACAGCACACCGAUUCGCACGCCGACACCCCUCCGGACAUCUUUCGCUUCGGGUUAUGAGCGGAAGAAGUCUCGUGCUACUUCUGUAACGUUCGCUGGCGUUAGUCUUAUAUCGGAGAAGACAGCUCGACCUAGCUUAGUGAUUACCACGGAUAUGACCCUUCCGGAGAGUAGAAAACCAUCUACAGCUGUUAACAGUAGGCGCACCUCUGCUAUGAGAUCUCUUUCUGCUACAAGCAGCACACGACCAUCGUUGGUUGGUCUUGGAGGCUCCCGCCGCUCCUCUGUCUCUAUAACAAAUGUUGUCAUCCCGGCGCAUCUUCUGACACAUGUAGAAACGAACUGGAACGAAGAUAAGGUCGUCGGUAGACGCAAGUCGGCAUACAAGCGCGAAGAUUCUCGUGGCUCUUUCAAUGUUCAGUCCAUGGCCCAGAAACAGCAAGAAGAAAUCAAAAACAUCAUCGACACUACUCCACAAGCUCCUCGUCACAUGAGUGAAUCUAUGGAAGAUCUGGCCUAUGCGGAUCCUUUUGCUACGAUGAGGGAUCGCCAAGCCAGCUCCGGAGGAUCUAAAGCAAGGUCUCUUGCGGCCGUCUCUGAGAGCGAGAAGGCGGACUUCGAAGAGGUGGAAGAGAAAGACGAGGCGAAAAUGGAGCAACAGAUCGCCCCAGACGACAAGUCGGGACGCUUGACUCCCUGGGGCAAUUUCGUCUUCGACUAUCAUGAAAGGGACAUCUCACCAGGUGCUACUGCAAGCCCAAUUGAUCCGCUGGAAGCUGCUGGUGCAGCUAUGGGGGUAAGCAGAGUAAGAGAUGCCGAAAAAACGAAUGCAACGCCUCAUAGACCAAGUAUGUGGAGACUUGGAGCUACGACCAACGUCAAUGCCCAUGGAGGUAGAAGAGGCACCAUCAUCCAACGAGCGGGAUCCGUAUUCCAGGACAGCUAUCAGCAUGUUCGCAAAAAGGUCCGCAGAAGCAGCAUGUGGGACGUCUACGAGAACGCCAAAAAGCGACAAAUCGAGAUUCGAAGAAAACGCUGGGUGCAGAUCUUGUUUGAAUACACUUUCUACGCGAUGAUUCUUGCGGUUUCGUAUUUUCUGAUAAUAGGAGUACCCCUCUGGAAGGGCGCUUACUGGGAGCUUUACUUGGCUUUCAAGCACAAGCUCAACCUUACUGGAUCAUGGUCUAUUGUUAUUGCUGUUGCAUUUGCCUACGCAUAUUCCCCGCUGUUAAUAUUGUUCGAGCCAGAUCCGCCAAUGCCUGAGGAGCCGAUUGAUCCUACCAAAACUCACAACGUCGCUGACACAGCCUUGAUGAUUCCUUGCUAUAAGGCGGCUAGUCUGAUCGGUGCAACUCUUGAAGCUGCUACGAAAGUCUUCCCGCCAUCGCACAUUUUCGUCGUUGCUAAUGGCAAUAGCCCGACCCCUCUAGAUGAGACAGAAGAGAUCUGCCGACCUUACGGCGUCAAUCAUGUCUGGAGCCCAGUCGGUUCGAAAAUUGUCGCCCAAUUCGUCGGCUGCUAUGCUGCCAAAGAGUUCAAGAAUAUUUUACUCAUCGACGAUGACUGUGCUCUGCCUCCCAACUUCCCUAUCGUCUCCGAUCGUCUGAAAGGCAAGGUCAUGUGCAUGGGGUACACUAUCAAGUCCGUUGGACCCAGUAGCUCUAAGGGCACCCUUUGUCAACAAGCACAAGAUCUGGAAUACAAGAUUUCUGGUAUACAACGUGCGCUUGCUGGUAAAAUCGGUUCGGCGACAUUUCCACACGGUGCCAUCUCUCUCUGGGACAGAGAGUUUCUCAUCAAGACCUUCACUAAGCAUCCUGGGUUCAGCGUGUCCGAGGACUGGUUCUUCGGUCACGUUGCUCGUCAACUUGGAUGCCGAACCCAAAUGGCCACAUCCGUGUUCAUCGAGACUGAAACCCCUUCUUCGGUAUUCUUCAGCUCUGGUGGCUCUAGAGGUGGCUUCGGCGAGAUGACUGUCUUUAAGCAACGAUUCCUCCGAUGGAACUUCUUCUUUGUGAACGGAAUGUACUACAAUUUACACUAUAUUCUCUUCUCGUGGGAAUUGGGCUGGUGGGAACUUGGUACUAAGCUGUUUGUCUUCCAGGAGAUCUACGAAACGCUGCUUUACCUCGCCACACCUAUCGUCGUCCCGAUUUCUCUUGCUGUCCGCCCACAGUUCUUCUUCGAGCUCAUGGCUCUUACCUUCGUUCUGUAUAUGACCAACGCCAUCAUCUUCAACGAGCUUCACCUGCGCCGCAAGAACGAGAAGGUGCCUCAGAAGUGUGUCUGGUUUUAUUAUAUGCCCUACAAGCUCAUCUUGACCUUCGUCAACGUCGCGAGUUGCUACUAUGCUAUCUACAAGUACGCUACCUACUUUGCCAACCGUCACCCUAAGAUUAUCGAAGACGAGAAAGCUGUGAACGUCGUACUACAGCUUGAGGAAGAGGAUGUUGAUGACGAUCCGGUACUUCCUGCUGGUGGUCGUCGCAUGAGUGUUACAGCUGUCGGCUCCCAGGUCGAUGUUCCUGGUGGCGCACCUGGAGGUCGUAGAAUGACUAUCACAGCCAUGGGUCAGUCCUUCAACAAUCCCGACAGCACAAUCACGGAGGAGGAAGAGGAGGAAGAAGUCUCCAAGAAGCCCGAACGCAAAGCUCCGGUCAACUUUGUCAAAGCUGGAGAUGCGCAUACCUCCUUGGAACCUCGUAGACCAUCUAUCAUGGUUCAAGGUCGCCGCAUCAGCAUCAGCUCCAACAGCUUUGUCAAGGAAGCACCGGCUACAAAAACCCGUCGUACCUCGGACGCCUUCCGAUCCAAAGGUAUCUCCGCCGCAACUAUCGUAGGUCAUCGCACUCCAGACUCCGUUCGGUCUAGAGGCAUUGACGACGGUCCUCUCCGUCCUGUGCGUCCAAAGUUUUACUCAGCAAGGGGCUCGAUCAUGGACGUGAUCCCGGUACUUGAAGAAGCAGAAGAGGAAGAAAACGACUUUGACGAGAAGAAGCUCGAUGUCAUUUCCACCGUUGGAUCCGAGCGUCACUCAAAACGUGGGUCUCAACUGAUGCAGUCAGACAUCGCGCCAGUGGUCGAGGUCACGGAGACGGAGAUGCUACCUACACCUCCGGAGCCUUCCAUCGACGACAGGUUGCUGAACUGCGUCAACGCUAUUGAGGAGGCACUUGCUGCCCGUGGUAUCGACGCUGUGGAGUUCACUGUUCAUGACGAUAAUGUUGCUGAAGUUGUUUCUGCUGCAGUAGAGGCAAACGAGGAUUUCAUUUCUGUCAGCGAAACUAUUGCUGAAGAAGAGAAGAAGCAUCCUGAUGCUAAGAGUAUGGUCUGAUUAUGUUUUUUUUUUGUUUAUUGCACCUUGCGAUUUUUAAUUCAUAGCGUGGCGUAGCAUAUCGGGUGAUGUAUCGAGGUACCUGUAGAGACGACCUUUGCAAUUUAGGAUUAUACAUACCUAUUGGC